AUGACAGUCGCGCGCACCAUCAUCAUCUUCACCAUCACAGUGUCCCUGGUCACGUUCAUAGCUUUCUUCGGACGACUGCCGGCUUUCAGGAACACUCCUAUAGGUUUUCUCAACCGCCUCUUCCUCAUCCACAUCCCAUCCGUGUUCCGCAAACUCGACCUCGCCCUCACAAAUGGCCGCAUCACAAAUGGCGGUUCCCGCCUGGGCAACUACCUCAUGCAUGAUAAACACCCACUGGUCGUCAUAUUCUUCCUCGGCCUCGUAACUGCAUGCGCGACGCUAUUCCUGCCUACUGUUUGGCACCUCCUUCGACCGUAUCAUAAGCUUCUGGUUUCCUUUCUGUUGCCACAACCAUACGUCUUUUUGUAUCUCAGCGCAAAGAGAAACAGCCAGACAUAUAUCAACUCGCUCAACCAUGCCGAGCAGAUGCGACACUACCCAUAUGACAGGGUGUUGUACUAUCCAGGAACACUAUGCCGGACGUGCAAGUUCUUGAAGCCGGCACGGAGCAAGCAUUGCAGUAUAUGCAAGACAUGCGUGUCAAGAAUGGAUCAUCAUUGCAUAUGGGUCAACAACUGUCUAGGAAGAGGGAACUAUAAGUGGUUUCUAGCCUUGUUGCUGUCGACUGGUGUACUGAUCGCCUACGGAGCAUAUCUGGCUUACUACGCCCUUUCACCACUAGUCAACAAGCACUACUCGAAAUAUGAAGGAUGGUAUAGAUACAAGCCCAAAAAUGGCGUAGAUGCAAACAGCUGGUUUGGUUGGUUCGAUAAGAAAACUCACUACUUCCUCAUCUAUGUAACCAUCUACCUCGACAUGGGAGGCGUUCGUGGAUCUGGAGUUGGAUUACUAGCUCUCCUCACAUGGCCACUUCCACUAGGUCUACUUGCAUACCACAUCUAUCUGAUUUGGGCUGGCAUGACCACGAAUGAGAGCGGCAAGUGGGCUGACUGGCGAGACGACAUGGCGGACGGUGUUGUGUUCCUGGGGCACAGACGAGAGGAUACCAUGCAAGAGUACCGCUCAACAACGCCCGCGCACAAUCAUGCACACGCCUCAGCGCAUUCCUCUUCAUCAACUUCGCCCUUCCCAACCCCCCCAGAAACCCCGCCAGAAGACGAAGAACCCCCAACAACCUGGCCGUUAGAAAGCAGACACAUACUCAUCCGCACCCGAACGGGCCAACCACCCAAAACUCUCCCGAGUCGCAUCAAGUCGGUAGCCAAAGAAGACAGCUUUGAACGAGUAUGGAAUCUGGCAGCGGUGGAGAAUGUCUACGACUUAGGUAUCUGGGACAACAUAGUAGAAGCAUUGUUGAACUAA